UACCAGUUGCCUGCAACUUCGCUCACAUCCCAUGGGAAGAUCUCGAAAUCUUAUAAAUUUUCACUACACUAUCUAAAGAACAAGUUGCUAAAUGCGCAUGGAGAAAUUUUAUCACAAGAAUUUUUAUUUAUGUGUAAUAUAUUUAUUUAUUAUUUAUUAAUAUACUGUAUAUGUACUUCAAGGAAAAAAAAAUAGAAGUUAAACGAAAGAGACAACAGUAUUUUAAGUAGGUAGCUACUUAAAAUAAUAUUGAGUGUGCAUUUUAAUUUUACUAUAUUUUAAAGUCUAACUCCAAUUAAUGUGCUGUAAUGGGUUAAAUUUACCUUUUAAAAAGUAAGUUAAUAAUUUUUUUUAAUAAUUUUCUUUUCCAUGAAUGGGACCUCAAAAUUAUAAUUUCACCACAUUGUAAAAUAAAAUUUUGUCAAAUAUGACAUGACAUUUGUCAAUUUAUUCAUAACAAUGUUAUUAUUGUUUAAUCAAAAUGAUAGCUUUUGAGAAUUACAAGAAAAAUCUAGACAUCGAAGAUAAAUUUCAUUACCUUCAUUUGCCAGUAGAUAAAUGUGUGAUUUACAAUGGAAAUAUAGAUUUACUUAAUAAAAGAAAACCAGACCAUAAAGAAAAUAAAGAUGCUCCUCUUGCAGCAGCUGUUGUAGGCAUCAAUAAUACUGGAGCUCCAUUACCAAAUUCACAGUUUUGUGAUGUGUGGACAGAUGUUGAUGCACAAAAUUUAUAUGCAUAUGCUAAACCAACUUGUUAUCUAAUUCUUAAUAAACCUGGUGCAGGUGCAUAUUCCCUUGGUGAAGCGAUUUCUAAAAAGUACAAUUGUGUUCAUCUUUGUCCAAGAAAUGUAAUAACAGACGAAAUGGAGCAAGAGAGCCUAACUGGAAAAUGUAUAAACUUUAAUCUGAGGCAUAAUAAGGUACUGAAAUUUAACACUAUAUUAACACUUUUGAAAAUGAAGUUGGAAUCACCUGUUAUCAAAAACCGUGGUUAUGUUAUAUCCGGUAUUCCUCUGGUUACUAUAGAUCGAAAUCUUAAGUACUUAAUUUCAAGUUUAUUUUCGGAAGAUUCUUUUGAUCUUAUGGAAAGUAUUAUGUUUGAUUUACUGUGUAAUAGUAUGAAAAAGAAAAAAACAAAACAGCCAAAAACGGAUACAGAGUCACAUGCAUCAUCAAGUGUUCAUGAUGAAAUUCAAGAUGAAGACGAACAUGAGCCCGAAGAGGAAAAUGAGAUAGAGGCUGGUGAAGAAGAAGAAGAGCCUCGACUCACAGAAUUGCCGAAAUUUAUUUUGAAUAUGUGUUCUAAUGUAAUAUAUCAUAGAAAAGCUUAUUAUGAUACAAAUCAGUCCGUAUUACUCCAACAGUUAGAUUCUUUGUUCAAUUUAUCUAUGAAACCAGAUAUUGUGCUUUAUAUGACAUGCCCAGAUAAAGAUUUAGUGACAAAAAGAAGUCAUAAAUAUAUAAAUUAUAUGAAUAGUUCUAACACUAUUGAACCCUUUGACAAAGAAAUUGAAUCUGAUCUUAGAUGGCCUCAAAAAUAUGUUUAUAGUGAUUAUGAAUAUCCUCAUGAUAAACAUAUCUUUAAUCCUAAAUAUAAUUGCAGACAACCACACUGUUUUAUGCAAAAUACUGUUGACCAAUUAUGUAAUUACAAACAUCAUGUUUUGCCCUUUAUAGAAAACAAAGUAAAGGAAUUUGAUCCAAAACAUGUAGUAAAAUUAGAUGCAAGAAGUACAAACCAUGAAAUGAUGCACUUUUUAUCUGAGAUAUUAAUUUAUUUACCAAUACAACCUGUUUUUAUACCAGAACCUUUAUAUCUAGAAGAACCACCAGAGGAAAUAGAAGAGUUUUGGAAGUUAAUGGAAGAAACCAACGUUAUCCGAGAUGGAAUAGUCAACUUUAAUCGGUAUCCAUCGCCCUGGUAUAAUAGAUGUCCAAUUGAACUUAAAAAUCGUCAAGCAACACGAGGAAAUCCAAAGUUUGCUGUAUCUCUUUUCAAACAUGUCUAUCUGUUAUCUUCGCCUAAUGCUGUAAUUUCAUUUUGUAGAAAUCCAAAACCGUAUUUAAAGUUAAAAUAUUUAGAACCAACUUGCAGAAUUAUAACUGUAGGCACAAAGAGUUCUGGUAAGACUAUGGUUUCUAAAUGUUUAUCUUGGCUUUUUGACACAUCAAUUAUAUGCUUUAAUUCAUUAGAGAAAACCGAAAGAAAGAAGAAGUACGAAAAAUAUUCUGAAACCGUUUUGUCAGAAAUAAGUGCUACAAUAGAAGAUGCUAGAUUAGAAAGAUGGCAUAAAACGGAAAACGAUCGAAUUUUUCAACUCGAUUUAUGGUGUUCCAAUGUUUCCGAACAAUUAAAUAGAUAUAUACCAUUGUUUAAUGAAAUAUUAUAUUUUGCUGAAAAACAAAAAACUAAACAAAUUAAAGAACAAUUAAAACAACAACAGUUAUCGACAUCAGCUAGGGUGUCAGAAUCUUUAGAAGAGGAAAUACAAAUUGAGAGCAUUUCAGAAGAAAGUCUUUCACAAAUAAGUCAAGGUACAUUGGAUAAUUUCAACAAGCUUCACCAUAUAUUAUCAUUUUUACCAUUUUUAAAUGAUAUUGAAGUAUGUAAAACUGCUGCAAGUGAUAAAAAACUAUGUAUACAAUAUGCACCUGAAACAUUGACCACAGUAACAAAACUACCUUCUAUACCUGUUUUAGGUGACGAAGAUGUAACGGCAGCCAUUAGUGCUUAUAUAAUAGCUAAUGACUUACAAAAAGAGAUCGAACCAACAGUUGAAGAGAUAAUGGUAGAAUUAAUAAAAAUACUUUCUGAUAUUGAUGCUUCCAUUCAAACGAUGACAAAUUUUGAACAAACUUACGGAAAAUAUAUCAUUGAUGGUUUUCCUUCUGAUCCUGAGUAUUGGGGUUACUUGGGUGAUCAUAAACUGUUACCUGAUUAUACAAUUGCAAUAAUAGAGAACAGGGAAAUAGACGCAGAUAUUUUAAAACAUUAUGCAAAUAUAGAAAAAUCUUUAAAAAAUCACGAGGAAAGAUUUAUAUUAGCUGAUGAUCCAUUGGUACGUAUCAAACGCAAGAUAAAAAUGGUACCGUUAACUGUCAAAUUAGAUUCCCAAAUUUUAGUAAAUGAUUUAAUAAAUAAUGUUUGUGACAAAAUAUCUGAAAGUGCUAGAUUAACAGAAGAUAUCGAAAACACCCCUAAAGAUGAUUCACCUUCCUUUUCCGAAAAAAUUGAUAAAUUCAGAGAGGAUUGGGAUACUAUAAAAUUAAAAUUAGAAGACAAAUAUAAAGUAUUUAUCGAAGUCGAAAUAGACAAUAAGACUGACAUAGCUAUAUUGGAAGAAGUUUUGUUGAAAAUACGUACUGGAUAUUGUGUUCCACCUGAAAUAAGUGAGGGUGAGGAAUUGGAAAGCCUAGAUGAAGAAGAUACGCUAAAAGAUAUGCUUACGUAUAACCAGCCGAAAUUCUUGGGCGAAACAAACAUAUAUUGCCCUAUAACUUAUCAUAAAUAUCAUAUUUUAUGGGAAGGUAAAAUGGAAUUUUCUAUUAAAUGUGAUAAUAAGACGAAUUAUUUUUCUAAAGAAGAAUGCCUUAACGAGUUCCAGAAUGAUGUAACGCGUUACCAAUUUUAUAAUUUUCCUUUUAAACAUUUACCUGCCUUAAAGAUUUGUGUUAUUGGUUGUAUUGGAAGUGGGAAAACAACUAUUUCAAAAUACAUUGCUAAAGAGCUAGGUUUGUUACAUUUAAAUUUUUCUGAAGUAAUAAAUAAUUACUUAAUGCCAAGACAUAUAAAAAAAGUCGGACGACAACAUGAAAACGCGUUUACUGAUACGCCAAUUGACGAAGAAGGUGUUGUAGAUUUCCAAAUGGGCGAAGAAAAUGAAAAUCUCAUUUCUGAAAUUUUAGGGAACGAGACAGAAUUGCGACGCAUGGUAUAUAAUUAUGUUGAAAGAGGCACGAGUUUGCUCCCUGUUCUUAUGCAGAAGUUAAUUAAAAAGCUGUGGUUCGAGGAACCUUUUAUGAGCACGGGGUUUGUAUUAGACGGUUUUCCGAGAUUGCCUAGUGAAGUGGAAGAUAUGAUGACCUGUUUUUGUAUACCCGACUUAGUGAUUCAAUUAGACAGUGAUGUAGAAAUAGCACUCAAACGAAUAUCGCCUAUUAUGUUUAAAAAUUGGAAAAAUCAAUUGAAUAAUGCCAAACUUAAAGCAAAAAAUGAAUUGGCUGUCGAAAAACAGAAGUGGUUAAAUUUUAUAACAAAAACGGUCGUAGUUCGAUUAAUUUUAGAAGAAAUUCUUGAAAAUAUGAUUAUGACAGAAAGCGAACCUGCUACAAAUCUUUCAGUUCAAAGCUUUGUAAUGGAUGCAAAUCCAUUUGGUGAUGCACAACUUGAUACUAAAUUAUUUAACAUUUAUAAUGCAGUUGUUGAAGAAAAUCCAGAACCUACAGAUCAAAGUGAAUGGGAAAGGCCAGAUGAGGCCCAUGAGAGAAUUGAUGCUAGGAUAGAGGGUCUAUACGAAAUAGAAGACGAGAAUAUUCAAGGGUUGAAUGAGGCUUUAAUCGAACAAAAGAUUAAAGUUGUAAAUGUCAACAGUUCAAAACCAUUAAACAAAGUUUUAAGAGUGGCUCUUUCAAAAUUAACUAAUUUCAGAAACCGCUGUCCAUCUUUUUUUGAACAAACAUUUAUAAUUAGUUGUGACAUAGCGGAACUGUUAAUUUCGCGAGGCUUUUAUUUUUUAAGUAAAUUUAACCGUAUGUGCCCCGUAUACAUAUUCGAAAAUCCAUACGCUAUUUCAAAUCCUUAUAAAAUAUAUAAGAUGAAAAAUAAAAUUUAUACAAUAGUGCAUCGAUCGCAUGUUUAUUUUAUUCAUGGCCAAGAUAGUGUAACUAAGUUCAGAGGUAAUCCUCUGAUGUACAUUAAAGGAGAAAAUAUUAUGUCAUUCAUGGAAUAUUCUCUUCGAAUAGGAAUCAUUGGGCCACCCAAAUCCGGAAAAAGCACAUUAGCUGCUAAGAUUUCUAAAAAAUAUGGAUUAUUAUGUUUAUCAAAAGGAGUGGCAUUGCGGCACGUUUUAGAAAACUUGCAUUGGACUGAAUUAGCAUCUAAAAUAAUCGUGGCGCUUCGGGAAGGUGAAUGUAUUAGUAGCGAUAUUGUGAUGAAAGCAAUCCAAGCCACUACGCAAGACCAUCGUAUAGUUACACAUGGUUUUGUAUUCGAUGGAUUUCCUGAAACUCCCUCGGAAGCUAUAGAACUAAAUAGAGUUGGUCUCUAUCCCCUAAUUGUUUUUGAAAUAAAUGCUAAAAUAGACAAAAUCAUCGCGAAUUCUCAAAAUGAGUGUUAUUUUGAUAUUCUUAAAAGAAAACCGCCAUAUUCAAGACCAUUAAUUAAUUAUCGUUUUGAACAAUGGCACAAUCGUAGAAAUGGUAUUCGAACUUGGAUAAAUGAUGAUUACCAAAACCUCUACACCAUCAAUGGGAAUAUAUCUAAAUGGCAAUGUAUACAAGAAGCUGAGAUAGUGAUAAAAGACACAUCUUUUAAAGUUCAUCGCUAUUUAAAGAAUGUCAACUCUGGUAUAGUGUGUACCGAUGGUAUGUGCAUUUCAAACGAAAUAUUCGAACGAAAAAUGUCUAACUUUAAAAAUUUGUGUCCUCUUUGUUUACGUAAUAAUGUUAUACGUCAUAGUGGUUUUCCUGUUAAUAAAAAAGGUGUAGUACAAUUCAGAGGUGAUUUUUUCUGGGUAUGUAACGAUCAUAUGAGUGAAGCAAUGAAAACUCCACAUAUUUAUUUAACAACCAACCAUAAUGUUAAAAUUCCUGAAAUUCCAGCCGUUAUCAAAACCGUAGAUCCCUUAUUAGUGCACGAGAAUGGGAUAUGCAUUGUUACAUAUGCAGAAAACCUUCCAGCACAAAAAAUUGUUAGAGGAAGUAAUGCAUUUGCUGCAAGUUAUCGUGGAAAAUCAUAUUUGUUUUGCGAAGCUACAUGUCUUGAAAGGUUUUUAGCUAAACCACACAAUUAUUGGGAUAUAUCAGUUUUCAAACAAGGUAAACCUCUUCCUGAGCUGACUCUGGACAAGCUUCCGAAUUUAGGAUAUUUAGAACAAUGUUUAGGCAACAUUGUUACAAGUGCCUGUUGCAUGUUGAAUGCUUUAAGGCCUAAAUAUCCAGGGCUUAGCAUUCAGGUGUCAGGCUUGAUAUACCUAGGUUUAUAUUUAAAAGUUCAUAAUACCAAGUUUGAAAAAUCUGUUACAAAUUUAUAUAUGAAAAUAUUGCGAACAUACGAAGCCAGGUGUAGAUUAAUGAUAGAUAUAGGCUUAAAAUUGCGCUCGCGAGAUAAUCCUUUUGCUGAGUAUCCGAAAUGUUGUGAUCACAUUCACAAAGACGUGGUAUUAAAAGUAGAAUCAGGGACUGCGGCAAUGUCUUCUAGCCUUCAUGAUACCUAGUGAUUUCCCUCGCACUUCUCGUCAUAUAGAUGAUUAAAUUAUAUUAUAUACUUUGUUUGUACGUGUGCGAAAGGAAACAAGCACGAUAUUUGGUUAACAUUAUAUCUUUAGUGGUUUUAUAUUAGUCUAUGUUAUUUUGUUAUAGUAAACGGGAGGACCGGUUUAUGAGAUUACAUGCAGAUUUUAAUUUAGAAUAAACAAAUGUUCAUUAAUAUAAAUUGUGUUUAGUUUAACUAGAAUAGUAAUAAAUCCAAAUAUUUUUAAGCAGCUCGUAAUAUUGCCGUAUUUGUUUAGCAGGUACAUAUUUUUUCUUACUAUACGUUUUUUAAUAAAUAUGUUCAAAAAUUUUAUAAGGUUGAUUUGGUUUCAG